GGCAACAUGACAGCAUUUAAUUAGUUUCGUUUUGGAUAGUUUUCUAGAAUUUGAUAGAAAUAUGAAGGAAAGCUUAAUUUAGAAAACUAUUCUUGUAUUCCUCUAACACACAUGUUGCACAAGUUUUUCAUUUUGAUUAAUUUUCCAGUUAACAGUUAGACGGAUAGUUACCAAGAUGGAAGACGAUAAUUUAGAUAAAGCAUUACAAACUGCAAUAUUAGCAUUGCUUGACAUUAAACCUAAAGAUCCAAUUAAAUUUCUAGCGUCUCACUUUCAAAUGGAAUGCGAAACUAAUUUAGUCGCGAAAGCUGUUAAUUUACUUCAGGAUAUGACCAUAUAUCAUCCUGCUAUUGAAGAGCGUUUAUUGGAAUCGUAUGCAAUAAUUAGCCAAUACAGCGAUGAAGACGGUGUUACCGGGGACAUUUACACGGAUUUAUUGGUUAAAUUAAUUGCCGAUGUUCCAGCUUUUCAAAAAGAAAACUUUUUGCACUACUUGCAGUGCCAGAGUACGGAAUACGUAUCGUUUGAUGUAUUCAGAUCUGGUGUUUUGACUUCUAUUUUGUUUAAUCAAUUUAUACAAGAAGUUCAUUUGCUCUUCACGAAACUUUGUGUCGAAAAUCAUGAUUCAGCUCCCACUUUUCUGUGCAAAAAAGCUUUGCGGAAAAUGACUAAAUGUUUAACCGAAGCUUUGAAAAAGAGUGCCAGCAACUCAAACUUUACUCUUGGGAUAUCAGAAAUGAGUUCACCCAUUCGAAAAGCUUUGCCCAAAAAUCUUCCCCCUACUGAUUAUGUUAAGUUAAAUACAUUUGUAGCAGAAGCGAUAGAAAUUUUUAUAAGAGAAGUACCAAAAGUUAAAUAAAUCUAUUUUUUUAGGUUACUCUAAAUUAAAAAGAUUUUACGAUUCUCCUUUUUAUUGCAAUUCCACGCACGAAGUCAUUCAGCAGUUUGAAAAGAUUUUUCCAAAAAUUUAGGAAAAAGAUUCUAUGAUUCUACUUUUUAUCUGCCUUUCCACCAGUAAAAUCAUUCACCAAUUAGAAAAGCUGUAGCUAAAAAAAAAUUUCAAACUGAUAAAAUAAAAUGUUAAAUACUUCAUAGAAAAAUUUAUUGAAGAAGUGACAAAAAUAAAUUGUAUCAUUGUGGUUACUUUUUGAGAAAAAGAUUUCAAAUGUUUCUCAUUUGUAUAUUAUUUCUAUUAUAAAAAUUUAUAUUAAUUUCUAGAUUCAAGUCAGAAGCACUAUUAUUAAAUGUAAUUAUUUUGGUCAAUUGUAUAUGUGGUUAUGUUUGUUGUAAAUCAUCUACUGAUUUACUGUAACAAAUUUUAGUUAUGGUCACAAUGUUUACUUGGUACUUUUUGUUCAGCCAAGCUUAUGGAAAUUCAACAAUUCUUUUCUUUUUUUUUUUUAAAUUUUAUUUGUUUAUUUUUUGUGAACAUCUAUUUUGUUCAGGAGUUUAAAUUCUUUAGCUAUAUUUUGCUUGCACCCAGAUAACCGAAAAGUACCACUUGUUUUAUAUUUUAAUAUUUAAGAUAUAUUUAUUUAUUAUUUUUGUUUGCAUGUUAAACAUUGUUUUUUAUUUAUUUAUUUAUUCAUUAUUGGUAGCAACAACAUUGUUGCAAUGCAAACAUAUGCUAAAUUUGAUAAGAAGAGAAAUAGACUGUGAUAAGUUUUCGUCACUGAAAUAUUAGAUUUGAUUUUAUUUCUUUAUUCAUUAAUAUAUAUUCUAUCAAUUCCGUAAAUUACUAUCUAGAAUUACUACUGUAAGAAUAUACAUUAGGAAAAUUUUUACUGUUUAGAUAAAUAUAGGAUGUAGUUUGAUAAAUAUUUCUUUCUAUAUAAAUAUUUAAAACAAUGUUUUUUUUAAGUAUAUUAGUAUUUUUUAUAAGGCCAGUUCAAUCAACACAUCUCUAUAGGAUCUAGUGUUUGUGUUAGAGGCCAAAAAACAAAAUUACUUCCAUCUAGUGUUAUCUUUAAAAAAUUUGGCUAAAAAUUACAUAACUAUUCUAAACAUUUUGAUAAUUAUUUUGUUUUUAAAUUUAAUAGAUAAAAAUUAUGUGGAGAACUAAUACUAAAUUUAGCAAAAUGAAUUAAAGGACUAAGUUUAUAAUAAAAGUUAGUCAAAAUAUAAUUUUUUAGCAGCUAUUGUAAAAAAGCUUCACUGUACAAGUUAAAUGUAACGAUAGUGUAUAUUAGUAUUGUGUAUCUUUAUUAAAAAUUUCAUUAAAUAUUGAA